CUCACUCGCUCCCGUGCCUUGUCUAUCAGAAUACGGCGCCCGGCAUCACCGGCACGACGGAUGGCAGCGCGGAAUAAAACCAUCGUCUCGCGGACUGAUCUGGUCCCAGUCUAUCGGAGGUGAUCGUGCCGAACGGUGGAAACAGCUGGCAGGUCUCGGAUUCUUGCGACGUUUUGCGAUUCGCCAGUGUGCUCUAGAGACUCUAGACAACAGUUGCUGUGUCGCUGUACUGGUACCACCAGAGAGUGUGUGUACCCGUGUGUGAAUAUUGUACCAGACAUACCGGGUCAUCAUUCGAGUCGCACGGGUUCAGCGUGGCUGCCCUUUUCCGCGCAAGUGACGCGAUAUAGGGGAGCAUAAAUCAGCUGGCGUUUGACACGAUCGGCUACAUCAGGCGUUCCCUUCACGUGUUGCUGAGAGUGUCUGUGUAUAUUUAGAAAAAAAAAGAAAAACAGUGCAAAACAAACAUCUCCUGUGGGGAGAUGUGCUGCAGGACAUCGUACGACGAAACCGGCUAAAGCUAGCCGUGCGAUACUCAUCCCGUUCGAAGGCAGCGAGAAGUAGUGUAAAGUGCCCUAUCAUCAGUAUCAGUCCACCAUCGGUGAAGUCCUGCCACAGUUGACCACAGAUACCAGACCAUGUGUGCACGAGUUCGAUAGUGUUGUUUGAUUUGUUCACUCGAAACGCGCCUGUGAAAUACUUGUGGCGACGACGCGACAUCUUGCUGUUGGUACCUGAAGUUGGGUACCGUUCGAAAGUAGUGAGAAUAUCUUCACAACGAUGACCGAGAAUCGAUCCCGCGAUGGGCACGUGCUCGUGUGGGAGCAGGCACAAAUGGCCACCGACGAGGGCAUCGUACCGCAAAAAAAGUUCGGUACACGACACUACACCGUGUUCAUGCUGUUCCUCGGCAUGGCGAACGCGUACGUCAUGCGCACGAACAUGUCCGUCGCAAUCGUGGCGAUGGUCAACCAGACCGCAAUCGAGAAGGAGGCGGAAGAGUUCGACGACGAGUGUCCGGAUACGGAUUACGGCGACCAGUCGGACGACUCGGUGGACGGCGAGUUCAUCUGGAGCACCAGUAUGCAGGGUUACAUCCUUUCGUCCUUCUUCUACGGCUACGUAAUCACACAGAUCCCGUUCGGUCUGCUGGCCAAGCGGUACGGAGCGAUGCGCUUCCUCGGCUGGGGAAUGCUGCUCAACUCGGUGUUCGCGUUUCUGGUACCGGUCGCGGCUCGGCAGGGCGGUGCCGGGUGGCUCAUCGCCGUCCGCUUCAUCCAGGGUUUGGGUGAGGGUCCGAUCGUACCGUGCACGCACGCCAUGCUCGCCAAAUGGAUCCCACCGAACGAACGGUCUCGGGUCGGAUCGAUAGUCUACUCGGGGGCCCAGUUUGGAACGGUCAUAUCGAUGCCACUGUCCGGGCUGCUGGCGGAUCACGGGUUCGAUGGCGGUUGGCCGUCGAUUUUCUACGUGUUCGGCAUCAUCGGGACGGUCUGGUCGAUAGCGUUCCUGAUCACCUGCCACGAGGACCCGGUCACGCAUCCGCGCAUCCGCGAGGACGAGAAGAAGUACAUCCAGCAGUCGCUCUGGGGCAACGCGGCCAUCCACAUUCCACCGAUUCCGUGGACCAGCAUCGCCAAGUCGCUGCCGUUCUACGCGAUCUUGUUGGCGCAUUUGGGCCAGAACUAUGGCUACGAGACGCUGAUGACGGAGCUGCCUACCUACAUGAAGCAGGUCCUGCGGUUCUCCAUCAAGACGAACGGUGUUCUCUCAGCCCUCCCAUACCUGGCGAUGUGGCUGUUCUCGAUCGUCGUUGGCUGGGUAGCGGAUUGGCUGCUUACGUCCGGUCGCAUCAACCACACCUGGACACGCAAGAUCUCCAACAGCAUCGGCCAGUACGGUCCGGCGAUCGCACUGAUCGUCGCUUCCUACACCGGCUGCAGCCGUGGACUUACCGUUGCCAUCCUGACGAUCGGAGUCGGUCUUAACGGUGGUAUCUAUGCCGGUUUCAAGAUCAACCAUCUCGACCUCACGCCCCGGUACGCCGGCAUCCUGAUGGCGUUCACCAACUGCUCGGCCAACCUGGCCGGUCUGCUCGCACCGAUGGCGGCCGGCAACAUCAUCGAGGGCAAACCGACGAUCGCCCAGUGGCGCAUCGUGUUCGUGAUUGCCGCGUGCGUGUACAUUUUCACCGCCACGUUCUACAACAUCUUCGCGUCCGGCCAGCGUCAGUUCUGGGACAACCCGGAAAACGACGAACCGCAGAAGGCCUCGAUCGAAGCGCCGGUGCACAGUGAAACGAACGGUGUCAACGGCACGACGACGGCGAGUCUCACGCAUCGGACAGUGAACGAGGCGCACCAGUCGUAGGGGGAAAAGGGGGCGUUCUUUUACAGGGACUUCAGGCGAAACCUGAAGCCUGGACCUACCGACCAAAACAUAUCAAGCAACGUCUCGGGUGCAACCGGACGAGUUAGGGAACUAGAAUCAUAGAGCACAGUCUUUUAUUUAUAAGGGAAAAAACGAAUUCUUCUUCCAAGGCAAUACAAUUGUAUUUCUACACUUU